AUGUGCUCGGCCGGGGAGCUGCUGCGGGGCGGCGGCGCCGGCGGCGGCGGCGGCGGGGAGCGCGACGAGGACGGGGCGGCGCCGGCAGAGCGGGCGGAGGAGCGGGAGCCCCGGGCGAGCCCGCGGCGCAGGCGGCGGCCGGACGAGGGCGAGCAGGAUGUUGAAGAAUCACAAAACCACACUGGCGAACCCAUUGGAGAUGACUACAAGAAGAUGGGAACACUUUUUGGUGAACUGAACAAAAACCUCCUCAACAUGGGCUUCACAAGGAUGUAUUUUGGAGAACGAAUUGUGGAACCAGUAGUGGUCAUUUUCUUUUGGCUUAUGCUAUGGUUCCUCGGCCUACAAGCCCUUGGACUGGUUGCUGUUCUUUGCCUUGUCAUUAUUUAUGUACAGCAGUGAAACACUGGACAUUUGGUAACCAUGUAUGUAACUGAUAGAGCUAUACACUUGGGCUUUUGAAAGCCCAAAUGGUUUGACAUAUUUCAUAUUGUGUACUGACUGUUUUGUAAUUAAAAUUAUAAAUGAAUUUCUUUAAAACGCAACUCUUUGUUAUAACAAGGAUGAAUAUAUAUAUUUUUGACUAUAUAUUAGCUUAUUCAAACUCUUUUUCACUCCUGUGAUCUGUACCUACCUUGAGACAUCUUCUUCCCAUGCCACAUCUGAACAUGACCCAACAGUGAUGGGAAAUAGCAUUGCAUGGAGCUGCAGUGAAGCGAUGUAGAUCUUGAAAAGUUCCAGUGAAACAUUUUGGAAGAAGGGAAAAGUAGCUAAGAAUAAGUUUUAAUUAGGAAACUGUUCCACCUCCACCUCCACUGAAAAAUCCCAUUUGGGGAAGAUAAUUUGUCUCUUGGUCGUUUCUGCGUAGUCCAAAACAAAGUAAAGGAUAACUGCCACAUACCGCCGUAGUGCUGUGAAAAUGAGUAACGCUAGCUGUUUCCAGAAGACUGAAAAUAAUAUAUUUAUUAUCGUUGGUGAAGUUUUGGGAUGUAAUGUUAGUUUUUUAUGUGUUAUCCUUGGGCCUUCAUUACAUUGUUUGUAAAGUUAGAGACGACUCUGGUGCUCAUUUUUCUCCUUGUGAGUUUUAAGGCUGCACGCCUGGCAGUGCCUGUAAUUUGUACCUAGCCAGUUGCAUGUCUUUCUUAGAGAUGUUUUCAGUGCAUUUGUUUCCAAAAGUUUAUAAUUUUAUAGUUCUUUUCUAACCAUUAUUCUAAGGUUUAACACAAUGCCUUUCCUGUCAUAGCAUGGUGCCCACCCCCAAAGAAUGAUUUCUAUCAUAUAAUAGACAAAAACCAGAUCAUUUUUCUUUGAUAUCUGUAUUGAAGAAUACAAAAGUACAGAAUAAAAUCACAUGCUUAAAUUGAGAACUCGGUGGCCACUUGUAAUAUUCUAGGAUUAAAGCCAAUUGGCUAGCCAUGUUUUUACUGUGUACUAUGGGGUUUUAUAUUGAAACAAUCAUUUCUUUAAAUAUACUUUGAAAAUGAAAAGUGACUUUGAUACUUUUGGUUUUGUUAAAGUACCUGAAAUCUUUACCAUUUUGUCUAAGAGUCAUCUAUUUGAACAAAGAAAUUUAAAUACAAAAAUGGGACAGCGAGGUAUUUUUGUUUGGCAGGGCCUUAACUAAAGCAAUAGGGUGUUUACUAGGCUGCUUUGUAAAGUUCUUACUCAUGCAGUCUUAAACAUUAUUCUGUAAGAAAUUCUGAAACAGAAAAUUAUGAAAACAGGAGUACUAACAUGUAUUGUGCAUCUGUGUGUUGUGUAUAAACAUAGGCCUCUAAAAUUUGGCUUUUGAAAAACAAAAGUUUGUACUAUAUUGUGUUUUUAUUGUGUUUGUGAUUAUUUUUAUAACCACCUUUCUGAGUUGAGUAUCAGUGCAGGGUGUUUGGAAAAAGGUCCCCUUUGUGUACAGUAGGAUUGCAAGGUUCUAAAAGAAGCCAUGAGAUUUUGCAUGUGUGCACAAAAUGCUAAUGAGUACAUUCUUUCCUAGUGCUACCAGGAAGGCUAAUUUCCUUUUGGAAUGCAAAAUAAAAGAUGCAGUGUACAUAAUAGCAGCUCUGGUUCUACCAGUGCUUCUUGUUGUAAAUGCUUUAAAAGAAGACCUAGGGUUUAUUACAUAAUACCCUGUCAACACUAUGCAUGUGCAUGCUGGUGUUAAUGGGUAUAUUUUAUGAAGAAAUAGGGUCAUUUGCUAUCACCUCCACAUACAUUAUGGAUUAAUGUAUAUGCCAUCAAAGUUUUUGCUUAGUAUUGAAAAAAACUUCAUAUAAAAUAUGUUCUCUUAUUCAACAUGGUAGAAUACCGAUUGAACUGCUAUCCUGCAGUGAAACAAAAUUUCUUUGGUUCAUGGUAUUAAACAAAUAGAUUCAAAGUGAUUCUCAAUUAUUUCAGUUUUAAAUGUAAGUUAUAGAAAGACUCCUUAUAAACCAAGAAAUAGCAGUUAAGUGCUAAGGUCCUCAAAUUGCUGGUGUGAAUGGCACCCAUACUUUGAGCCUGUGUUCGAAGGAAAAGUCAGGAGCUAACACCAACCGACCGCUCAUCUGUAGACCAACCUCUUUGAACUGAACAGUAUUUUGUACAACUCAUUUCUUGUGUUAGGCUGCCAUUCUAAUCAGAACAGAGUGCAUUUGUACCCAGAGCUGCUCACAAAGAGCCUAUACUGUAUGUUUUCCUGCCUUUGGUGACAUCAAGUUGGUAGAUUAAAUUGGUUCUGGUGAAAAUAUUUACAUCAUAAAAUUUGGCAAGCACUACAAAGGAGGACUUUUUUUUUUCUUUUCUAGAGAGCCAGUUGUUAAAAAAUCUCAGCAUAUUCUCAAUCAGCCACCCUGGAGGCCACAUUUCCAUGGCUACCACAGUCUACAAAGAAAAGCAGACAACAAGGUUAUGAGACAAGAGAAGCACAUGCAGUGUGUCCCCACAUACCCAUCCAGAACCACCGUUCCGUCUUUUCCAAGGGAGGCUGGACCAUGGUUAUCUUUGAAGUAUGUGUCUGAUUGAACACUGUGAGGAGAGAAAAUCUCUCUGGGCUGUCAAUGAGCUGCAGACCGACAAGGACAAGCCAGGAGAUCAGGAGAGGAGAGACAAGACUUAAGGCACCACGAGUUUUGGCUUAAGUUAAAGACCAAUUUUAAUUUAAAAUCUUAAAAAUAGUCAAAUCAAGGCAGUGAGAAAUCCAGAGAUCUUUAGUUUAUAGCUUCUAUUUAAAUUGUUUCACAAAUGUUUCUUGAUUACAGAUUAUUGAAAUUGCGUUUGCCUUACAAAGUGAACAAAAGAAAAAAAUCAAAUUAUACUUUCAGAUCUGCUAAAACUCUAGUAAAUACUUGGCCAGGAUGAACAUACAAAUUAAAGAAGAAUACACAAGCCAAGACUUUGGCAUUAUUGGCAGAUUUAAUCUUUUGUAACUCCUGUUUCUCUACCCCAGAUGUUGAUGUUCCUGGAGGUCAGACCAGCAGCCUGAUAUCUCAUUACUCCACACACCUCCUGUUUGUUGCUAUGUGUACUAGCUGCUCCUCCAUCUGGAUCUCCAGGUCAGAGCACUGGGCAGACUAGAAGAUCCCUCGGUUUAAGGGCUGGCUGCUUGCUUACAAAAUUCCUCAAACUCAGCACAUUCAGAAGACCUCACCAUCUUUCUCCAAAGUCUUGUCUUUGCGUUCCCCUCCCCUUCAGCAUUGGCACAGCCAGCCUCUCUCUAGCUCCUGUCUCUCCCAUACUGCCCACAUAUAACAAUUCCUAAGUCCUGUCUGUUUUGUUUCUAAUGUCAUUUAUCUUUCCACUUCUCUUCAUUCCCAGCAUCACUCACAGUCCAUGCAGCCAUCUUCUCACCUGGGAGAAUUUUCACCUCGGAGAAUCCCAAUUGGUUUCCCUAUCUUCAUUGCCCACUCUGUAGUUAAGUAAUAUUUCUAAAAUAUGGCUUUGAUCUAUCUCCUUGAUGUCAGUGUUUUUAAUGGCUUCUUGUUGCUGUUAUGGCAAAAUCUAUUCUCUAUAAUAGUUAUGUCGCUUUUCAUGAACUAUUCUUCCACACCUCAUCUUUCCAUGUCACUAUCCUUUCCAAGACUCAACUACACUACAUGCUUUCAUCAGCUUCUUGAAAGAGACACCCUUUCUUCCAGAACUUCAUACGUGCUUUACUCUCGUUAGCCCCAACCCCCACCCCAACUGGCCAACAACUCCACGGAGUACUCAACUUAAACAUUGUUUAACUUCCACUUUAAGUCCAGUUUGGGCACCUCGUGUGCUUGGUUCCCCUUUUCUGUAGAAAUCAAUCAACAGUACUCAUGCUAUACAGCCUAUUUGUCAGUUUCUUCCAUUAGAUAGUAGGUUUCUCAUGGGCAGAGAACAUGUCUGUGUCUAUAGGUACGUUGCCAGUGCCUACCAGGACACCUGGCAUGUAAUAGGUUCUCAAAGUAAUUGUCACAUGAGUAAAUCAACCUCCUUUAUUCACAUUCUCUCUGUUGUCUAUUAACAAGGCUGGGGAUAUGGCUUGUGGCUCUAUGGCAGUGUGCUUGCCUUGCGUGCUUAAAGCCCUGGCUUCUUCCCCAGCACUGAGAAGAAAAAGAAGGAGGAAGGAAGAAGACCUAGAGUUGGUUGCACAUCAGAAUCCCAAAAAUAGUAAUUGUUGGGUGCUAGAGAAAUGGCUCAGCAGUUAAGAGGUUAUGGCUGCUCUUCCAGAAGUCCUGAGUUCAAUUCCCAGUAACCAUGGUGGCUCACAACCAUCUAUAAUGCGAUCUGGUGCCUUCUUCUGGCAUGCAGAAGAACACUGUAAUAUAUAAUAAUAAAUACAUAAUACAUAUAUAAUAAGUAAAUUAUAAUAUACAUAUAUAAUAAAUAAAUACAUAAUACUGUAUACAUAAUAGUCAAUAAAUCUUUUUUAAAAAUAGUAAUUGUUCAUAAAGAGUGGUUGGGUAUGUAUAUUCUAAUAACAUUUUUUACUUGAGUACUGUUGCUGUUUGUGUACAUAUACAGCAUUGCUACCAUACAUUCACAUUUUUAGGGAAAAAUGCAUUGUUGAUGCCAUGUUUGGUUGAGUAACUAUUUCUCAAGAAAGAAUGUUUUAUAAUAGAUAUGUUACUGAUGGUACUAAAAUUUCGUUCUGCCAAUAUUUUUCAAUUAGGUUUUAUCUGCUAAAUUUAAUUUUUUUUUUCAAAGAACCUUAAAGCAAGAAUUUUCAGAUACCUGAUCUUGAUAUUUUAGGGCUCCAGAACAAGUUCACCAUUCCACUUAGCCCAGCAGCCCAAAUGUUCUAUGUUAAAUAGCAAGCGUAUAAAGUACUUCGCUAAUCUUUCUAAUAAACAAUGUUCUUUUCCAACCCCGCAUUCCCAGCAUCUCCUCUGUCUCCCUGCACCGUAUGCUACUCUGUAGGUAAUUGCUACCUCAUCAAGUUCGAAAUUGCCAGAGUAACAGCACACCUGAGGCAGAGUAAAAUGCACCUACUCAUCCCUGCAGCUGGAGCAGAAAGCCAGCGCCUGCCUUUUAUGUAUGUGACACAUAAAAGACAGUAGAGAAGCAGGAAACUGAGGUCAAGAUCCCCCUCUGCCUCCACGCGGUGUGUGUUCUUUUUGUUGAUUUGGCUGCUGUAUAAAUUAGAAUUCUUGAAGAAGCCUGGUGAGAUCCAGAACAGGCAUUCAUAUGCUUAGUCAAUCUGAGCUAUCUUUGCUUAAUUUAACCUUUAAUUGUUGUAAGUUUUCUUUCAAAUUUCCCAGAACAUUAGAGGUUAAAGUGACUUAUUGUAUGAUUCUGUACCCCCAUGUUAUGAUCAUGGAAUUUAAAAUGACUUUUUUUGAUGAAGAAAUGAAAAGUCUAUAUACACGAAUUAUUAAUACUAUAAGUUGACUUAAGAAAAAGAUGUAAUUAUUCUUCCUAGAGUAAAAUGUAAAAACACCGCCCUUGCUUGAGAACAUACAUCAUGUACUGAAAGCCCUUCUCUGGUUUGUUACAGUCACUUUGUUAAUGAGGUUUCUUGGUUUUAGGUAUGUAACAUUAAAAAUAGUCAUGAUGCAUUCUAUUAGCUAAUAUAUUUUCUGUUCUAAGGCGCAAGCAUAU